GUAUUAUAUUAUUAUAAUAAAUCUGAUCAUUCCAUUCGGACCUGUUUGGGUUGUUCCCUGAGCAAAAUGGCAGCAAUUUCGUCCAAUUCUGAAAUUUAGAGGAUUAUCACUUCAUCUUUCUAGUAAUUUAAUGGCAUAUCUGUACUAACGUUUUUUUGCAAUGCAUUGUGGACCGCAGACUCUUUCAACGCCCAAAAUGGCGGCACGAUUGAAAAGUUGAUGCCGUUUUGUUUUAGUUUGUUUUCCACUUAUCUUUUAUUUAUUGUUAAUAAGCCAGCUGGCUUUAUUGUGUUUGGCCACUGCCCACCGACAUAAAUCCUUUACAAAAAGUACAACAAAAAUGUUAUCGAAGUUUGAAACUUGUUAUUCCAACACUUUUAUUAGUAUGCCGAGUGCCCCCUAGCCGAAUUAUUUUGUUGUGCUAUCUUUUAAAUAGGGUGGAAAUGUCACAGAUUGUCGCUGUGGCUUUAGAUGUGUUCAAGUUUUUUAAGAAAUCCUCCGUUGAAGUUAACAUGAAGAGGAUCUGCACAUAGAGAUGGAAGAGGAUGUAAAAAAAGUGAAAAAGCCAGGUAUUGUCUCUCCCUUCAAGCGGGUGUUCCUGAAGGGAGAGAAGGGGCGGGAUAAGAAGGCCCAGGAGAAAACGACGGAGCGCCGUGCUCUGCACACGUUCUCCCUCUCCCUCCCUGACCACCGCAUCGACCCUGACAUCCUGCUCAACGACUACAUUGAGAAGGAGGUGAAGUAUCUGGGUCAGCUGACAUCAGUACCUGGAUACCUGAACCCGUCCAGUCGGACUGAGGUGUUGCAGCUCAUCGACAACGCCAGGAAGUCCCACCAGCUAGCAGGCCAGCUAACGUCAGAACAGGAUGCUGUGGUCAGUCUGUCGGCCUACAAUGUGAAGCUGGUGUGGCGGGAUGGAGAGGACAUCAUCCUGCGUGUUCCCAUUCACGACAUUGCAGCCGUGUCCUACAUCAGAGAUGACUCCCUGCAUCUGGUGGUGCUCAAAACAGCACAGGAGGCAGGAGUGUCCCCAUGCCCUAGCACUUGUCCAGACCUGUCAAAGUCCAUGACCUUGGGCUCUCUGUCUGAGAGUGGAGCUGUUCUGGUGGAGGUCUGCUGUCUGCUAGUACUGGCAGUGGAUAAUAAGGCUGCUGCAGAAGAGCUGUGUCUCCUGCUCUCUCAGGUCUUCCAGAUAGUUUACACUGAGUCCACCAUUGACUUCCUGGACAGAGCCAUCUUUGAUGGAGCUACCACCCCUACAAGGCACCUGUCUCUCUAUAGCGAUGACUCUUCAAGCAAGGUGGAUGUAAAGGAAGCUUUUGAAGCCGAGGCCAGCACCUUUUCGUUUCAGGGUUCUCUAGAGGCGGGGGAUAACUCUCCGUCACCAUCCUCAACACCAGCCUCCCCUCAGACUAAGACAGCCAGUGAAGGAGAGCUGAGUACCACCGCUACUGAGCUUCUACAGGACUACAUGACCACGCUGAGAACCAAGUUGUCCUCUCACGAGAUCCAGCAGUUUGCUACACUCCUGCAUGAGUAUCGCAACGGCGCAUCAAUACAUGAGUUCUGCAUCAACCUUCGACAACUCUAUGGGGACAGCAGAAAGUUCCUCUUACUCGGUCUAAGGCCGUUCAUUCCAGAGAAGGACAGCCAGCACUUUGAGAACUUCCUGGAGACCAUAGGGGUCAAGGACGGGCGGGGCAUCAUCACCGACAGCUUUGGACGCUACCGACGCACUGCGAGCUCCGCCUCCGACUCAACAACCAAUGGGAAUGGAGCAGUGAGGGGAGAUGGAGACGUGGGCGGGUCUGAUGAGCGACUGGCGCCCUCUGAAGGCGACGAGUGGGACCGCAUGAUCUCUGACAUCAGUAAUGAUAUAGAGGCCCUGGGGGUCAGCAUGGAUCAGGAAGGGGUGACCCCCUAACCUCUAGCCUGGGCUGUAGCCAACAUUGGGUCACCCCUCCGACCCUGACUCUGAUCACCCUAACCUGAGAGCAGACGAGCCAGCCGAGGUCCAAUCCCCUGAUUACUACACGCUGUGCAUCGUUGCCAAUCAGCUCGCAGUGUGAGGCAGCAAACCAAUUAGCUCUGUGUGAGCUUUCACAAGCCAAUUGUAUUGUUUUGCUUGGCGAUCAUAGCCUUUUUUCUGGAACAUGAAGAGCUGGCUGGCUGGCUGACUGGUUGGUUGACUGACUGAUUUGCUUACUGGCUUUGUCAGUCUCUGUGGGUUUGAAUCGUUAUUGGCAGUAUCUGCCAUUAGUGACCCGGAGGAAACUGGGGUCACCCUCCAAACAGCGGCUGUCAAGUCCCAAAAUGACAUCUGUUGUCGCUCUUCACAAUAAUAGUCUGGCUUUAAAUUCCAGUUUAGUGCACUACUUUGGACCAGGGCUGAUAGGACUUUGGUGUCUGGUCCCAAGUAGUACACUAUAAAGUAUUAUGGUUUAACCACAGGCCACUCUUGGAAAGACGAAUACCAACAAGCUCCUCCUGCAUCACUGGUGUCAAACUCAGUUCCUGGAGUGCUGGUUGUCUGCUUGUCGUUCCUCUCCUUCAGCAUGUGUCCAGUGAUGACCUUGAACCCCAGCUGAGGGCUCUGCAGUACGCCGUCACCCUGUGUCCUCAUCCAGGCAAGGCGAGAGGUGUCACCCGUGGACACUCGGACCUCACCCCUCGCCGGUGACCAUUCCAACGCUCUGGGUCUGUCAGAGUUUACGGUUGAACACAGCACACUAAAAAUGUAUUUUAAUUUGAGCGUGGGUAGGUAGCUAAUUAAUGCAGCAUUACCUGCCAGUCCUAACUGUGAGCAGCAGGCUGUGUAAAUCACAUGGCGGCUUGUAAAAUAUCAGUGUUCUUGUUGCUGAACUAACCUUUUGAAUACACCAGGUAGGCAUCUCCUCUGGACAAAAAUAACAGGGCCUUUCUGUCUGAAAAUGGAGCCUGAACAGGCGUUUCAAAUUUUAUAUAUAUACUUUCUAAUCCAAGCCCCACAGCCUACAUUAGGAAUAUCCAUUAUACAUACUUUACCUAAAUUAGCUCUGUACGACUGUCCUUCCAGACAAACUGUUGGCAAUGAACAUUUGACAGACAUUACUGUAAAAACCUUUAUCACAUAAUGUUACUGUAAAAACCUUUAUGUAAUAUGUUACUGUUAAAAGCUUUAUCACAGAAUACAUGCCCCCCCCAGCAGCGCUGCAGUGGGUCUCCCCAGGUAGCACACCGAGGUCCAGGGAGACCUCAGCCAACAUGGCCUAAACACUACCUUCACAUCUACUGGUCUGCACACAAACACCACCCCCGCUCCUGUACUCCCAAGACACAGCUCUCUGAACAUGGCCAAGGGGCAGCUGACAAAAUACCUGAACGUCAAGACUUUUAUACUGAAGGCCACACAUUCAUCAUCCUGUACACCCUCUUCUGGCUGACCGACAAGGGUGCGUUUAAAAUAUCAGCGCCUCCGACUCGUCGCCGAUACAUUUGAGACCUGUUCUGUGUCCGUGCCAGUAAAAAUGAGGGCCACCUGGCAAGCCUUUGGACUUUGGCCUGAUUCCAGUGUUAAACUGAGCAGGUCAGUUGGGAUUUAACUUCAGUGUGUUAUGUUGUUGCAUUAUUUAGGUCAAUCGUUAACUUAACCACCAAGUAAACCCGUCUUUACUGCUUAUGUUGGAGUACGUCCCAAACAGCACCUUAUUUCUUGUGUGGUGAACUUCUUUUGAGCAGUAGGGCACCAAAUGGAGAGAGAGGUGGUUUUUGGGAGUGGUAGUUUGUUUAUAUACUUUAUUUUUGUGUGAGUUUGCUUUACAUUUAUAGUUUUUGUGUCAAAUUUGACCCUCGUAUUCUCAAUUGCUUGGAGAUUUUUACUGAGUCCUCAUUCAUAACUUCUGGAUGGAAGUAUAUCUGACAAAGCCAGGUACUGGCUGACUGACAUUUCUGUGGGAGUCUGUCCUCAGAGACAGACUUAACCACCCUCACCUUCAGCGGUAGACCAAGGUUGCAAUUCAGCAUCGGAACAAUCACUUGGCCGUCAACUGUUGUUUCCAUUCAGACUGUACAUUCUAUCACCUUCAAUACGAUCUGUGUCCCAAAAGGCUCCCUGUUCCCUAAAACAUGCACUGCUUUUGAACAGGCCCCCUAGGGCACUGGAAUAGGGAUACGUUUGUUACACAGACGUGCAGACUGCUGCCCAGUCACCAGACGGGUGUCAUUCUGAACUGUACCUGACCUGUGCAGCUGCUGUUGUGAUGUUUAUUAAAUAACAAAAUGGCUUUAAUAAUGGUGUCAACAAUGGCUAUUAUUAAUGCAGGGUUCCCACAGGUCCUUGAAAGUUUGUGGAUUUGAGAAAACUAAUGAAUUUAUAGAGAAUGCGUAUGAAUUUAGGAGACCAUGUAAUCUGCCAUCCCUGUAACACCGCACAAUGUUCACACAU